UCUCACGACUAACCGGGAAUUUGCUAACUCCAUUAAAAUCUCUCAAACUCUCCCACGACUAACCCCCUGUUAAUUGGUUUUUCCUUAUGGUUUUGCGGAAGGAGAUCUAUGGAGGUGAAAUACCUGCCGCUUCUUUGUUUCGCGUAACGAUGACAAGAAGUAGUGUAGAAGGGGAUGUAAAGGACCUGCAAUUUGGUUCUCUUGAUUGGAAUAAACUUGGUCCUCUUUCAUCUUGUGAUUCCUGUGAUGUUGCUGUUCCCACCGUUGUCAACGUCAAUGCCAGCAACGCCGACAAGUUCUCACCAGUUGAAUCUUAUAAACAACAACAAACAGAAGAAUAUUCCCUCUCUAUGAUGAGUCGAGAAUCUUAUAAACAACAAACAGAAGAAGAUGCCCUCUCUACGACGAGUACUAUAGACUAUUCCUACCCAGAAGAAGAAUAUUUAAAAGAAGGUGAGGCAGAUGAUGAAGAAGAUCUAACACCAACAGAAGAGAACAAAGAUGAGGCUCCCUCUGGCCUCAGUCUUGAGGUGUCUGAAUGGUUUGAUUGGUGGGACAUGUCAGACCAAAGACUUGAACGAUUCAUCAGUUCAUGUAAAGUGUCAGAUGCUGGAGGACUUGAAGCAUCGACUUGGAUUCAUGUGUAUGCUUACUUCAAUGAGAAAAAACUCUAUGGAGGAUAUGGAGUUGUUGUACGCAAUGCGCUAAGAGAACCAAUCAUUGCUUCAGCUUAAGUUCUCAAAAGCUGGAAUUUCAUUUUAUUAUCAAGUAUUCAAGGGAAUUUUAGCUGGUGUCGCACUUGCUGAGGAAAAUGUCUGUUCUCGUUCUCAUCUCCGUGUCCGGAGUAAUUCGCUUACACUUCCAACUUUCUAUAGUCAUUUACAUUUCUGCUCUUGUGAGGAAUGCAAAGCCACGGAUGAUGAGGCCAGAGUUUGCAAAAGUUGUGACAAUUUUAUCAUGGGUCAAACCACGGAUUGCGAUAUGCAUUUGGUGAAGCCUCUAGUCGUGAAACUAAGGAGCAAGAAACCAGAAGAUUUUUAUACUAGAUCGGGUCUAGCUGAACAUUAUCUGGCAAAAUUGGAAAAAAAGAAGAUACUUGUAGAUGGGUUUGCCACCGAUGAAGAUGGAUCAGGUGAGGUUGGACGUGUGAUUAAACCAGCUGAUGUUCCUCGAAGGCUAAAACAUAUUCUUUGGGGAGAAGGUUUAGUUAUGUCAGGCAGGAGGAUGGACUCUAUUGUGUAGUUCAGGUACUCAGUAGCUGUAUUUUAAGUUAAGAUGAAGGAGAUUGUGCUGGUUAUGUUGCAGUGUACGGCUGUGGUUCUGGUGGUGUUCACUGUUGCCAUCAGUUGAGAACAAGAAUGGGUUUGUGGCUGUGUAGGUUUGUUGAGCUGAGUGGUGCAGUAAAUCAAGAUGUUGUUGUUUGAUGUUGUUCAAUGGUGAAGACAAAGAUGAAGCUGAUGCUGCUACAGGAAGUAUGAGUUGCAACUGCAGGUAGUGUUUGUGCUGUGGAUUUGAGAAGGUGGAAGCUACAGAUUUGUUGCUGUUGCAGAUGUUGGAUGGGAUUACAGUUAUGUUCCUUUGUGGUCAGGUUGUGCAGCUGAUGGCUAGGAGAGAUUGAUUUAGCAGAGAAGUAAUGGAGGUGCUGUUAUUGCAGGUGUUAAAUGUUAUGAAUGGAGUUGCAGGGGAUGGUUGUGACGAGAGAUGGAAUUGGCCUGAGCUGGGUAUUGCAGGUGGUGAUUAUAAGGGUUUACAUUAUGUGUGAUGUUCUGGGAUGAGUUAGUGCCAGAAGAUGAGUGCUUGUGUGAGCAAUUGCAGCUGAGCAAUGUGAGAAUGGUGUAUGAAGCUGAAGGUUAGGUUGAAGGAUUAUGCACCAUAUGGUGCAUCACUGCUGCUAAAGCGCCACCAUGGCGUGACUUCGUAUUUGGCCUGUGCAAAAAGGCUAGCCGAGUCAGAUAACUGACUCGGUCAUGACUCAGACCUAGUGGCUGGUUUGACCUUGACUCCCAAGACCAUUAGUCAACCGUCAAGUUUGACGGUUGACCGUUACUUUCGCCGGUACUGGUGGCACUUCCGGUCACUUUUGGACUUCAGGCAAUAAUUUUUGGGCAGAGUUUCUACACGAAGAUUUGACCCAGUCAUUGUAUAUGGGCUUUUAAAGAUUUGACCCAGUUUUGAAGGAUAAGAAGAGCUAUAAAAGAGAGAACUUCUUCAACUUUUAAAAAUGAUGUAUUUUCUACUUGCCCUUUUGGAGAGAGCCGUAUAUAUUCCUAGUGUUUGUUUUUUUUAUUUUUCAUUUUCUUUUAUUCACAUAUUAUCGGUUAAGGGUUUAAAGUUGAUUUCUUAACAUGUUAUUUGCAUCAAUGAAUUAGUUUUGUCUCAA